AUGGACGUCGUUCUGGAGGUGGUCGACACCUUCGUCGGCGACAGGCUCUAUGCCGCUCUCCUGCCCGCUCAUGCUGCGCCAUAUGACUUCCCCCACCAGGCCGCUAACGCCACGGCGCAACCACUCUCGACAUGGCAGUACAAGCCCUCAACACACGUGCUAUACCUCGAGCCCUCUGAGGCGGCGUACAUGAGUGCCUGGCCUAGAGAUAACAUAUUUCGCCAGUCUAUGUCCCUCUUUCUCAUCACUUGGAUCUUUGGAGUCCUCAACUACUUCGUUUUCGCGACUCUCUCUUACAUGUUCAUUUUUGACAAAAAGACCUUCAACCACCCCAAGUUCCUCAAUAACCAGAUCCGCCUCGAGAUGAAGCAGGCCAACAAGGCCAUGCCCGUCAUGGCUGUCUGCACCGCCCUCACCUUCGUCGCCGAGGUACGCGGCUUCUCCAGGCUCUACGACGCCUCCGAGGACGGUCCGGGGCGCUGGUACGACUGGGCACAGUUCCCGUUCUUCAUUCUCUUCACCGACCUGUGCAUCUACUGGGUUCACCGCUGGCUGCACCUCCCCCUCGUCUACAAGCACCUCCACAAGCCGCACCACAAGUGGAUCAUUCCCUCGCCAUAUGCCAGCCACGCCUUCCACCCUCUGGACGGCUUCGCCCAAUCCGUCCCUUACCACGUCUAUCCCAUGUUGUUCCCCUUGAACAAGCUGGCCUACGUGGCCCUGUUUGUCUUCAUCAACUUCUGGACCAUCCUCAUCCACGACGGCGAGUACAUCACCGACAACCCCAUCAUCAACGGCUCCGCGUGCCAUACCGCCCACCACCUGUACUUCAAUUACAACUACGGUCAGUUCACGACGCUCUGGGACCGUCUCGGGGGCAGCUACAGAGAGCCCGACCUCGCCUGGUUCAACAAGAACACCAAGAUGUCUCAGGAGACGUGGGAGUCCAAUAUGAAGGAGAUGGAGGACAUCCGGAAGAAAGUCGAGGGCAACGACGACCGCCAGUACGUCACCGCCGAAACGAAGAAAGAGAAAUGA